GGUGAAUGAAUGUGAAUGGGUUUCUCAUAGAAUUGGCGAAAUGAUAUCUUUGGAUGGUGAAUAUGAUCAAAAUAUAAGUUCUUACCCUAUUAUUCCAAGUGACUUUUUUGGGGAUAUGGAAUCGUCCUGGAAAGGUCGUGUGAAGAGGAUCCAUUUAGAGGAAGCGUUUGCAGAAGUGGAAAAAGCUGCUGAGGCCCUAUCUUUAGCUGUUACAGAAGAUUUCCUCCCAAUUGUUUCAAGAAUAAAAGCUACCAUAGCCCCAUUCGGAGGACCAAGAGGGGAAAUAUUAUAUGCUCGAGAGCAUGAAGCUGUUUGGUUUAAGGGAAAACGUUUUGCACCAACAGUUUGGGCUGGUACCCCAGGAGAAGAACAAAUUAAACAGCUCAGACCUGCUGUAGAUUCGAAGGGUAAAAAGGUCGGAGAAGAAUGGUUUACCACACCAAAGGUGGAGGAUGCUCUAGCAAGGUACCAUGAAGCAGGUGCCAAGGUAAAGGCAAGGGUCUUGGAACUGUUGAGGGAACUUUCUGCUGAGUUACAAAUCAAGAUCAAUGUCCUUGUCUUUGCAUCCAUGGUGCUCGUCAUUGCAAAGGCAUUAUUCGCCCAUGAUAUCAAACCAUUAGAUAGAGUGGAUGGGAUGAUAAUAAAUGGUCUAUCACCAUAUUGGUUUGAUGUAGCACAAGGCAGUGCUGUGCAAAAUACAGUUGAUAUGCGAUCGCUGUUUCUGUUGACAGGGCCAAAUGGGGGGGGUAAAUCAAGCUUGCUUCGAUCAAUUUGUGCAGCUGCAUUACUUGGAAUAUGUGGAUUCAUGGUGCCUGCUGAAUCAGCCAUGAUUCCUCAUUUUGACUCCAUAAUGCUACAUAUGAAAUCGUAUGAUAGCCCUGCUGAUGGGAAGAGUUCAUUUCAGAUGAAAUAUGCCGAGGAACAGAAACAGCAAAGGGGACAUGUAUUGCCGGUAGUAUUGUAG